AUGUAUCAAAACGCUCAAUAUGGAGAUGGUUUUGAUUUUCAAGAUUACCCAGAACAGCAACAACCACAAAAUACUGAAGAAGAAGGAUCUCAGCAGCCCCCUGCUUCAGGAAGCGUUUUAAGUCAAGAAGAUUUUGAUUCACUUAUCAAAACAGUUCAGCUUCUUCGAAUUUCUCAACUCAGAUAUAUCGUUCAAAAAUUCGCAAUUCCUGCAAGUGGAAAUAAGACGAAAUUGUUAGGACUCGUUAUUCAAAUUUUCCAUAAUUUACGUUACGAUCCUGUUCUUGUACAAAUAUAUCAAGAAAUCAACAACCUUCUAGCUCAGCAAGAUGCACCUUUCUCGUCGCCAUCUCUGACAUCAAGCUCGAUUGAACUUUCUCAGCCUAAUCCCGAAUAUAUCCCAUCAUUUAACCUAUGCAUUAUUAUUAAUUUUGAAGCUUCUGUCUUCGGUCCUCUUCUCGCCAAACCAGGAAGGAGCGCAAAUAAGUUCAGAUUCACUACUCCUCCUGCUGUUCGUCCAACAAUUGUCACAUUUUUAUUUUACAAUGGCAACCCUCAACCUUUUUCAAUUCAGUUUGAGCUUAAUGGUAUUCCGUUUGAAAUUUCCAAAGACGAUUCGCAGCCAGCCCCAAUUGAUGUUACAGCAGUCCUAUCACAACCUGGUAUAGAGAAUGUCUUGGAUAUUAAAGCUGUUAAUUGUGCAGUUCCGAUUAUGAUUCAAUUAUUCCAAUACGAAUACGUAGGGCUUCGCGCUUGUAUACAUCAAAUCUGCGGAAAUAUCGAUAUAUCCAAAGAGCAACCAAUGGUUAAAACAAAUACUUGCGCCCAUCAUAACGGUUUUUCACUGGUACAAUAUCUCUCAUCUGCAUUAUCUACAGGUCAUUGGUUUUGCCCUGUAUGCGGUGCUGAUGCUUCUCUUCAAAAUCUGAUCGUUCUUCAAUCAGUUCCAGUACCAAAUUCUCCUCCCCAACAGCAAGCAUCGCAGCAACUUACUCCUCCUCAACAGCAGCCGGUACAACAGGCAAAUCAGCAACAAGCUCCAGUUCAACCUCAAAUGCAACAAGUUAUGAUGUCCCCCCAGCCUCCUGCUAUACCUUCUGAAAGCAUUUUCGGAAUUCAAACAGGGGAUUUCUUCCAGGCUAGCCUCAUUGAUCAAAUGGAUUGGGAUUCAUUUUAA